AUGCUUCGCGAUGGCGAGUCAGCACCGCUGCAGCCGAUCUACAAGACGGACGGAACGGUCGCAGACAAGUUUCCAUCGACGCUGAAAGAGCUGUUUGAAAUGGACGUAUCGACCUCGCAGGAGCUUAUGAGGGAAUACGAGCUGUCCGAGUGCUCAGCGUCGCGCGAACGAAACCUCAACCGACUGAUGCAGUUCUUCAAUGUCAAAUAUCAAUUGGCUGGCGCUGUAGGUUCGUGA